ACCAUUUUGGGAAUUCUCCGAUAAGAAUACUUUACUUUCUUCAAUUCUUCCAACGCCGUCACCAUGCAGCGCAACGAAGUAGACGCCUCGCUGACCUCAAUUGGCCUCGGCACACCCGAUGUGUGGCAGAAAUUGGGUCAGGAACUGGAAGGUAAAACGCAACUAGAACAACCACGAGUGUCCAAGAAAGUUUUGGUCAAAGCGCUGCGUAUGCAGACCGAGGCCAUGCGCUACAUGGUGGACGAGUUCGAUCGAUUGCGAGACAAAAUGGCGGAAAUGGAGCGAGAAGCUCGCAACACGGCGAAGCACGUGGAACGCGUCAACUCGAAGCUCAUCACAGUUCAGGGUCAAGUGGAAGACAUGAACACCAAAGUGUACGAGAUCGAAGUGGUGCAGGUCAAACAAGCCGAACAACUCAAAGAGAUCGAUGACGUUGCUGUCCAAGUACGAGCCACUCGUGAAGAGGUUCAACACGUUGCAGCGAGUGUCGAGAAGGUCAAUACGGUGCACAACGAGUUCGUCCAGCAGACUGAACAGAAGCUCCAUAUUAUUCGUGAAGACCACGAAGUGACCAAACAAUUCGCCAUGAAGAUCGAAGACCGUCUGAAUGAGGAGCAGAAGGAAUUGUUCCUCGACUCGGAUCAUAUUCUGCACAACAAAUUAUCAUUGGCAAUGUGGAUGGAGGCAGUUGAGAAGGACAACAAACGUAAAGAAGAAGCUCUGCGCGACUGCACGGACAAGAUGAUCAAACAAGGGCGCAAUGUCCAGGAUAUGAUGCUCGAAACUCGACGUACCUUGGACGACAAUACUUGUGCCGUGGAAGACGUACAGCGUUUGUUACUGGAGAAAGCGGACCGUACUCGAGUGGACGAGAUCAUUGAGUCCAAGUACGAGGAGAUCUGCAAUCAACUGGACAAGGCGCUGGCUUCUGUUCUGGGUGAAGAGGAUGAAUUCAAACGUGCCAGUCAGGAGCUUCAGCAACUUGUGACGCAUCUGAGCGAGAGUAAAGCAGACAAGAAAGAUCUACUGGAAGUUAAAGAGCAAGUGCUCUACGACUCUCGUGUGCGUCAGCAGGUGGAGAAUCUGCGCUCCUUUAUCGAUAUCAAGAUGAAUCGGGACGACGUCUUCUCUGCUCUCAAGUCCAAGGCAGAUAAGGACGAGAUGCUCGCUCUGCUCAAGAACCUCUCGGACAGCAUGAACGCAUCCAUCGUGCAAGCUCAAAAGUCUCUCAACUACGCGGACAGUGCCUUCCUCACGGGGAAGCCAGCGGGUCAUCAGCACGGAGGAGCCAAUAGCGGUCAAAAGCGAGCAGGAAUGUUGCCUAGUCUUGAUCGAGAGAAGUGUCUGUCCUGCAACAGUCAACUACGCGAGCCAUCGACUCCCAGUGGGCCGAUCGUCAACAAGAACCCCUUCCAGAUGGCUCCAGUCUAUGGCGGAGGCUUCCAUCUCCCGCCAGGUGCAGGGUCUAUUGAGAAGAACGCCAUGCGCAAUCGAUCCAGUACUCUCAGCAACAAUCACUCAGCCAGUGCGCCGUAUCUGUCUCCUCGAACAGUAGCAAACAUGGCGUCGUCUGGACAGCUAGCAGAGAGCGCGAGUGAAGGGUUCCUGGUGGGAGUAGACGGUCGAGUUUACCAAGCAGAUCCAGAGGUAGUAGCUCAAGUUCAAACGCGACCAAACCUUAAACUCCCUCAGGCUGUUGGUCCCAGGAAGGCGCUUCCAGUUCAUGAAGAAAACGACUGAUAGUACAAUAAAUGUUAGACCUGCAAAGAUGUUGAGAAUCCUC